AUCAGCGAGCAGCGCUCACGUUUGCUUCACGUGAAAAUCAAUUGACGACGCAAAACGCAAAAGCAGGCAAAAGGAUUGCGGCCGCGGCAGAACAGCGAUGGCUCGGCGGGACACGGCCAUUCACCUGGUGGCCGGAGGGGUGGCUGGCACGGCGGGUGCGAUCGCCACGUGCCCUCUCGAGGUGGUGAAGACGCGGCUGCAGUCGUCGGCGUGCCAUUUCGGGCCGCCGGGGCCCAUCGCCAGUCCCAACAGCGGCACGUGCGGGCCCCUGCGCGGCGGCGCCAGACGCAACUUCACGACGGCCGUGGCGCUGCCGUCGCCCCUGCGGCCCCGCAUGGGCCUCGUGCAGUGCCUCAGGCACAUCGUCGAGAACGAAGGGCCGCGGGCCCUCUUCAAGGGCCUCGGCCCCAACCUGGUGGGCGUGGCGCCCUCGCGGGCCAUCUAUUUCUGCGCCUACUCGCAGUCGAAGCAGUUCCUCAACAGCGUCAUCACCCCCGACACGCCCCUCGUGCACAUAGGGGCGGCCUCCUGUGCAGGCUUCGUCGCGUGCACCGCCACCAACCCGAUUUGGUUCGUGAAGACGCGGCUGCAGCUGGACCAGCGGAGAAACGGCACCCGCACCACCGCCCUCCAAUGCAUCACGCAGAUCUACAAACAAUCAGGGAUCAAAGGCUUCUACAAGGGCAUCACAGCGUCGUACUUUGGCAUCUCGGAGACGGUGGUGCACUUUGUGAUCUACGAGGCGAUCAAGGCGCACCUGAUCGCGCGCAGGCAUGGCGGCGACAAGAACGGUGACAAGGGGUCGCGCGACUUCAUCGAGUUCAUGAUGGCCGGCGCGACGUCCAAGACGGUGGCGUCGUGCGUGGCGUACCCGCACGAGGUAGCGCGCACGCGGCUGCGCGAGGAGGGCAGCAAGUACCGCAGCUUCUGGCAGACGAUCGCGCUGGUCGGACACGAGGAAGGCGUGCGCGGCCUCUACCGCGGCCUCGCCACCCAGCUCGUCCGCCAGAUCCCCAACACGGCCAUCAUGAUGUCCACCUACGAGGCCGUCGUCUACCUGCUGAACAAGCACAUGAACUCCGACUUUUACGAGCACUGACCACUGUGAUCCUUGUCUUGUUACCCCGGCCUGCUCGUCGUCUACGCUGAAAAAUCAGAGGGUGCCCGAAAUAACGCGCCCCCAGAGAUGAGAGGGAUCGAGUCCGCUCUGAAAUUGGCGGGAAAUUCGUUCCGCAACAGAUAUAAACAGUUUCCGAUGGGGCCGCUGGUGAAAUUUGGCGGGAAAUUUCUUAAUCGGCAAUUCGGUUGUUUCAAAUGACCAAAUUCUUAGUGUUUUGUGCCGCGAAUUGAUGGCGCCAACGUUUAUUUUACAAAUUUCAGCUAUUUUCUCUGCGAUGAAGAUUAAUUUGACGUGCUCAAGGCUGAAAACCAAAUUUUUUUGUCGAAAAAGCCGCCACACGUUUUUUCUUCGUUCAAGAAUGUUUAGCCUUUGGUUGAUCGCUCACCAUUCUGCUGCAGAUGAGCGGAAAACCAAUUGUUUGGUGUCUUCUUGUAGCUAAAGAGUUCUUCUAUCUAUUUUUAUUCGUAGAAACACAUUAAAAUUUAAAUAAUUCUAAUUUAAUGGCGAAUGAAAUCACGUAAAUCUGAGAUAUCAUCAAGAAUUCUUUGCUUGAAAAAUCCUCGACGAUGAUUGGUUGACGCGAAACGCAAGUCAACAGCUUUCACUUGUUGUGAAUUGCGCGGGAGAAUUAGACUUGCGCGUUGUCAGCCAAUCAGCAUCGAGGAUUCAUCUAGCAGAGAAUUCUUGACGAUUUCUUCGAUUCAUGUGUUUUAAUUCGCAAUUAUAUCGAUUUUUAAUAUGUCUGCAAUAGAGAUUUCAGUUUUCAGCACGUCAAAUGAAUUAGCAGGGAUGAUAUUUAACUCGAAAAUUAUUAUUGAACGGUGUUGCCUUUUUUGGCAAAGCCGAACACGGCGGAUUUGGCGGGAACAAAAUCCAGACGCCAUUUUUGAAAGAGCGAAUCGACCCUGCAUUCAGACAAACGUGUGCUCGUCCUUCAAGAAAUUUCAAUCCCGGUCCGAUUUCGUGGAACGAGUCGUUCUGGGGGCGAAAUCGUCUCAACGGGGUCGACGAAUAGUGCAAAGCCUGUCUCUGUCUGUCGCGUCCCGAAUGAUAGUCAAAAGACUGCCGAUUACGCUCGAAUCGCACGGUUCACCGAUAGUCUAUAGUGCUUUAUUUUCCACGAGUUGGAUGAUGAUGCGAUUUCUUUUUUCUCUAGUUUGGUAGCAGUUCCGGCCCAGGGCCGCUUGGUUUUGCUUUCGACUCGAAUUAAUCCAGGGGAAACAGUUAGUUUUUGCUCUACGCAGCCCUGGGCGCGGGCUAGGACUGAUUUGAUUGGGUUUUAGGCCAAAGAGGCACGACUUUUUUUCGAUUGAUUCGAUUUACCUGUCGCUACACGCAUAAUUGUGCUCAAUGCUUGACUAAAUAAUCCACUGACCGACUGAAAUUUAUUUAACAAAAAAAGUAUAUAAUUUAAUUGGCUCGUCGUGUUGCUAACGGGCUUCCGAAGCUGUCUGACCAACCCAUUGUUUGUUUUCGUCCACGACAAAUCCGGAUCCGAGUGCAUUUUCUGUUUAGUUGAUUUGGUCUUUGACGCUCGCAAGCAUUUUCGUUUGUCGGCGCUUACGAAAUAUAUUCCUAAUCGUAGAAACCCAAAAGCGACAUAUAAACUGUUUGAGGGGAAAUCAGAUUUUCCCUGCGUAAUCAAUAUCCAACGUUGAAGCACACGUGCAAUUAGAGAAAGAGUUGCUAACGACUUAAAGAUUAAAAACUAGUUACAGAAUUCUAAUUACGAGAUAGAUGAUUUAUAUAUAUUUUACUCAAGAGGUGCGUAUGUGUUUGCGUGCGUGCGUGCGUUUUACUGUGUAGAGGAGAGAUUGAGAGCGAAUAAAACGAACAGUACGGAUAAAAUAAUA